GGCCACGCCUCCCGGGCAGUCAGGUGCGCUGCUGGAUAGCCCAGCCGGAGGGGCCUUACCAGACCCCGCCCACCCUGUUCGCCCCGCCCCCGGGCUGCCCUCAGCGCCGCCUGAUUGCAUUUGCGGCCUUGCUGCCUCAACCUAGGCUGAGCGCCGCGAGUAAAGUGGUGCGGAGAUUGGAGGCCGCGUGGGUCCCUGGUCUAGGCCAUGUCUGGCUGUGACGCUCGGGAGGGAGACUGUUGUUCCCGGAGAUGCGGCGCGCAGGACAAGGAGCAUCCAAGAUACCUGAUCCCAGAACUUUGCAAACAGUUUUACCAUUUGGGCUGGGUCACUGGGACUGGAGGAGGAAUUAGCUUGAAGCAUGGCGAUGAAAUCUACAUUGCUCCUUCAGGAGUGCAAAAGGAACGAAUUCAGCCUGAAGACAUGUUCGUUUGUGAUAUAAAUGAAAAGGACAUAAGUGGACCUUUGCCAUCUAAGAAGCUAAAAAAAAGCCAGUGUACUCCUCUUUUCAUGAAUGCUUACACAAUGAGAGGAGCAGGUGCAGUGAUUCAUACCCACUCUAAAGCUGCUGUGAUGGCCACCCUUCUCUUUCCAGGACGGGAGUUUAAAAUUACACAUCAAGAGAUGAUAAAAGGAAUAAAGAAAUGUACUUCCGGAGGAUAUUAUAGAUAUGAUGAUAUGUUAGUGGUACCCAUUAUUGAGAAUACACCUGAGGAGAAAGACCUCAAAGAUCGAAUGGCUCAUGCAAUGAAUGAAUACCCAGACUCCUGUGCAGUACUGGUCAGACGUCAUGGAGUAUAUGUGUGGGGGGAAACAUGGGAGAAAGCCAAAACCAUGUGUGAGUGUUAUGACUAUUUAUUUGAUAUUGCCAUAUCAAUGAAGAAAGUAGGACUUGAUCCUUCACAGCUCCCAGUUGGAGAAAAUGGAAUUGUCUAAGCCGAAAGGAAGUCUAAUUAUAUACAGAGAUAAAGCUCAACAUAAUUAUUAUUUAAAUAAAAGCUAUUUUUUUUAAUGAAUUGAAAUUUUUCAUGAUGCUACUAAUUUGCCACUAAAUACUGCAAAUGGUCACCCUGAAUCUCUUCUGACAUUGGAUGUUAUUUGCUUAUAUUCUUAUAAUUUUAAAUGAGGGGACAGUGAAAUGACAAUUUUAUACUCUAUGUUUUUAUUUUUAAAUCCUUAGCAGCAAAAUAUUUGCCUUUAAUUUCUUUUUUAUAUAUACUCUCAGAAAAUUCCUCUUAAUUUUUAAAGAUGCUGGUGAUAAUAAAAUUCAUUGGAAAAUUUC